AUGAUGCUGCUUCUUAUGUUGCGUACGUGCCUCCGAUGGGCGUUUCCGUAUAGGUACCAGUUCUGUGACAAUUGCUUCAUUUACCCGAUUACUCCUUCUACUCCGAUGGCUACCAAUUGCGAUGCUUAUGCCAGCCGCGGAAUGAAGAAUGUGUUUGGCCAGGUCGGUACGGUCGUGGAGAUGCAGUCCGAGGCUGGAGCGUCUGGUGCUGUUCACGGAGCUCUGGUGGGAGGAGGUCUCUGCUCGACCUUCACUUGCUCUCAGGGACUGUUGCUGAUGAUUCCCAACAUGUACAAGAUUGCUGGAGAGAUGCUUCCCUGCGUGUUCCACGUCUCUGCCCGUUCUGUAGCGGGUCAGGCUCUGUGCAUCUACGGUGAGCACUCGGAUAUCAUGGCUUGCCGUUCGACGGGUUUCAGUUUCCUGUGCUCCCAGUCGGUGCAAGAAGCGCACGACAUUGCUUUAUGCGCGCAUAUAGCGUCCCUUCGUGCGAGUCUUCCCUUCGUGCACUUCUUCGAUGGCUUCCGCACGUCGCACGAGACGACGAACAUCCGCGUGAUCGACGAGGAGUCCAUGAAGCAGUUCGUUCCCUGGGAGGCGGUGCGUCGUCACCGCGCGCGCGCCGUGAACCCCAACCACCCCGACCUGCGCGGCACGGCGCAGAGCCCCGACAUCUACAUGCAGUGCGUGGAGGCGGGCAACGCUGCCUACACGCAGGUGCCCGAGAUCGUGGACAAGGUGUUCGAGGAGAUGGCGCCGGUGUUCGGUCGCCGCUACCGCCUGUUCGAGUACUACGGCGCGGAGGACGCGGAGGACGUGGUGGUGUGCAUGGGAUCGGGCGCCAACGUGGUGCACGAGACGGCGAACUAUCUGAACGCGCGCGGCAGCAAGGUGGGCGUGCUGAAGGUGCGUCUGUUCCGUCCGUGGAGCGUGAAGCACUUCCUGGAGGUGCUGCCCAAGACCGUGAAGCGCAUCGCCGUGCUGGACCGAAGCAAGGACGCGGCGGCCAUCGGCGAGCCGCUGUAUCUGGACGUGUGCACGUCGUUCAGCACCGGGGAGACGGAGCUGCGCCCGAUGAUCAUCGGCGGUCGCUACGGACUGGGAUCGAAGGACUUCACGCCCGGGCAGGCGAUGUCGGUGUUCCAGAACCUCCGCGCCGAGAAGCCGAUCCGCAGCUUCAGCGUGGGUAUCAACGAUGAUGUGACGUACCGCUCGCUGCCGCAGCUGCCCGAGCCGGACACGGUGCCCGCGGGCAUCUACCAGGCGAUCAUGUGGGGCAUGGGAUCGGACGGCACGGUGUCGGUGUCGAAGACGAUCAUGAAGAUCCUGGGAGAUUACCACAAUCUGAACGUGCAGGGCUACUCCGAGUACGAGGCCAAGAAGUCGAACGGCUGGAGCGUGAACUACCUGCGCUACGGCAAGGAGCCGAUCGACUGUCCGUACAACAUUCGCUGCGCGGACUACGUGUCGUGCAGCAAGAGCUCCUAUCUGUACAAGUUCGACAUGUUCUCCGCGCUGAAGGAGAACGGAAUCUUCCUGCUGAACACGAGCGCGACCACGCUGGAGGAGAUGGAGGCGCUGCUGCCCGGGAAGGCGAAGCGCAUCCUGGCGCGGAAGAACGCGCGGCUGUUCGUGGUGGACGCGACGGCGCUGGCGGGCAAGUACCAUCUGGGAAAGUACGUGAACACGACGAUGGGAAUCGUGUACUUCAAGCUGACGGGCUGCAUGGACGUGGAGGAAGUGGUGCCGAUCAUGAAGAAGAUGGUGGAGAAGACGUACAUCAAGAAGGGCGAGCACAUCGUGCGCAACAACUGGGACUGCAUCGACAACUCGCUGGAGGCGGUGCACCAGAUCGAGUAUCCGCGCGAGGCGUGGAUGAACGCGGAGGUGGAGAAGCCGCACGAGAUCGAGGGCGCUCCCGAGUUCGUGAACAAGGUGAUGCUGCCGAUCGUGCGCUACGAGGGCGACAAUCUGCCGGUGUCGGUGUUCCGUCCCGGCGGCGUGAUGCCUUCCGGCACGACGCGGUACGAGAAGCGAGGCAUCGCCAUCAUGAACCCCGAGUGGCAGAUCGACAAGUGCAUCCAGUGCAACCAGUGCGCCACCGUGUGUCCGCACGCCUGCAUUCGCCCCGUGCUGCUCACCGAGGAGGAGGCCGCGAAGGCGCCGGAGGGCUUCAAGACGCUCAAGGCGACGGGCGGCGGCGCGCUGAACAACAUGCGGUUCCGCAUCCAGGUGUCGCCUCUGGACUGCACGGGCUGCCAGCUGUGCGUGGAGGCGUGCGGCGACGACGCGCUGGUGAUGAAGGACUUCGAGGUGAUGAAGACGCAGGAGGCGGCGAACUGGGAGUACGCGAUGACGGUGCCGAGCAAGGGCGACCUGGUGGGCCGCAACGACGUGCGCUCGGUGCAGUUCCACCAGCCCAUGCUGGAGUUCAGCGGCGCGUGCGAUGGCUGCGGUGAGACGCCCUACGUGAAGCUGAUCACGCAGCUGUUCGGAGAGCGCAUGAACAUCGCGAACGCGACGGGCUGCUCGUCGAUCUGGGGAGGCACGGCCUCGUUCAACCCCUACACGCACAACGCGCGCGGCCAGGGACCCGCGUGGGCCAACUCGCUGUUCGAGGACAACGCCGAGUACGGUCUGGGAAUGUCCGUGUCCGUGUCGCAGCGCCGCCGCGUGCUGCGCGAGAACGUGGAGGCGCUGCUGAAGGAGGAGGCCGCGACGCUGCCCGAGGGACUCGCCGAUUUGCUGGCGGAGUGGCUGGAGAACUACAGCGAUGGCCGCCGCUGCCAGAGCGUGGCGAACCAGGUGAUGGACGUGCUGAGCGGCCUGGAGGGCAAGGAAGUGUCCGCCAAGCUGGCCGCGGUGAUCCGCGACCGCGAUCUGUUCCCGAAGAUCUCGCAGUGGAUCAUCGGAGGCGACGGCUGGGCGUACGAUAUCGGCUACGGAGGCGUGGACCACGUGCUGUCGACCGGCGAGGACGUGAACAUCGUGGUGCUGGACACGGAGAUGUACUCGAACACGGGAGGCCAGAAGUCGAAGGCCACGCCCAUGUCCGCCGUGCAGCAGUUCGCCGCGGGCGGUAAGUUCACGCACAAGAAGGAGAUGGGCUUGAUGGCCAUGUCCUACCGCAACGUGUACGUGGCCUCCGUGGCGCUCUACGCCGACAUGGCGCAGGCGAUCCGCGCGUUCAACGAGGCCGAGUCGUACAACGGACCGUCCAUCAUCUUCUGCUACUGCCCCUGCCUGAUGCAGAACGUCGUGCCCGCGAUGCGCGCUACCUUCAAGGAGGUGGAGCUGGCGGUGAAGUCGGGCUACUGGCCGCUCUACCGCUACGACCCGCGUCUGAGCGCUAACGGCAAGAACGCCUUCCAGCUGGACUACAAGAAGGAUCUGAGCGAUGACCUCAAGAACUUCCUGGCCAACGAGCGUCGAUUCUUGGAGCUCAAUCGCACGCGUCCGCAGGUGGCCGAGGAGCUGCACGCCGAGCUGAAGAACCAUCUCCAGGAACGCCACGACGACUUCGUGCGUCGCGCCAUGCCCCUCGCCAAGCUGGCUGCCGCUUCGGCGACGAGUUCUGGAUCUGGAUCUGGAUCAAGCUACGAGCUGACGAUUCUGUACGGAUCGGAGACGAACCACUCGAAGGAUCUGGCGCUGACGCUGAUGCAGGAGGCGGAGGCGCGCCAGGUGGAGGUGACGGUGAACGAGCUGGACGAGAUGAGCAUGGAGGACCUGGCGACGAAGAAGCACGUGGUGAUCCUGUGCUCGACGGCGGGCAACGGCGAGUUCCCGAAGAACGCGAAGGCCUUCUUCGCGGAGGCGAGCAAGGAGCAUCCCAGCGACCUGCUGAAGAACGUGGAGAUCCACGUGUUCGGUCUGGGCGACUCGAGCUUCGCCAACUACAACGCGGCGGCGAAGCAGAUCCACGCCCGUCUGCAGGCCCUGGGCGCCAAGUCGAUCGACCUGACGCUGGCGAACGACCAGGAUCCGGAGCGCUACAUGACGGCGUGGGAGAACUGGGUGCCGGUGUUCUGGGAGCAGAGCGGCGUGCCCGAGCCGGUCUACGAAGGCGUGCCGCCCAGCAACUUCGCGGUGUCCGUGAAGGACGCGAGCGCGCACGUGUCGCGGCGCCGCUUCCUGCCCGGCGACGCGCAGCUGAUCCCGCUGGUGAAGAAGACGCGGAUGACGCCGGUGGACUACGACCGCAACAUCAUGCACCUGGUGUUCGACCUGGACAAGACGGACAUCCGCUACAAGGUGGGCGACGCGCUGGCGAUCUACCCCAAGAACACGGACGCGCUGGUGCAGCGCUUCUGCGCGUACCUGGCGCAGGACGCGGAGACGAUCGUGGGCAUCGCGAGCAGCAGCGAGUCCCUGGCGGACAAGUUCCCCAAGACCACCACGGUGGGCAAGAUCGCGGCGGAGAUCCUCGACCUCGCGGGCCGUCCUUCGCGCAAGCUCUUCAAGACCAUGAGCUACUUCGCGGAGGGUGACGAGGCCGCGCAGCUGGCGGCGCUUUCGCGCGGCGAGGGCGAGCUGGCGCAGCGCUUCGCGGCGGAGACGGCGAGCGUGAUGGACGUGCUGGAGCACUUCCGCUGCCGCGUGGACCUGGCGCACCUGCUGGAAGUGGUGCCCGCGAUCAAGCCGCGCCUGUACUCGAUCGCCUCGUCGCAGCUGCGCGACCCGCACCUGCUGGAGCUGUGCAUCGUGGUGAACACGUGGAAGACGGCGUCGGGCGCGGAGAAGACGGGACUGUGCACGGGCUACCUGGACGGCCUGGACCUCAGCAACGGACCCGUGCAGGUCGCCGUGUCGGUGAACGGCGGAGCGCUGUUCAUGCCCGAGGACAGCUCGGCGCCGCUGCUGAUGGCGGGUCUGGGCACGGGCAUCGCGCCGUUCCGCGCGUUCGUGCAGGAGAAGGCCGUGCAGAAGCACAGCGGCAAGACGAUCGGCGACGUGGUCUUCAUGAUGGGACUGCGCUACCGCGCGAAGGAGUUCCUGUUCGGCGAGGAGUUCGAGGCGCUGGAGAAGGAAGGCGUGAUCAGCCACCUGCUGCCCGCGUUCUCGCGCGACCAGGCGCAGAAGGUGUACAUCCAGCACAAGGUGGAGGAGAAUCCAGCGCUGGUCUGCGACGUGCUCGUCGAAAAGAAGGGAUACUUCUUCUAUUGCGGACCUGCUGGAAGCGUGCCCACCGCCAUCGAAAAGGCCAUUCUCAAGGCCUUCGAGAGCGUGUAUAAGAAGAGCGAGCAGGAGGCCAUGGACAUGCUGAACAGCAUCAAGAACGAGGGAAGAUAUGUCGUCGAGGCCUGGUCGUAAGGGCGAUCGAAGGAUGGGUCGGAUGGGUUUAAAGGAUUGCACAGUAUUGUGGAGCAAGUUGCUUGAUUGAUUUUA